AAGUGAGUGAGUGUUGCUGCUCGGGGGAAAUUCCAGGAAGAAGAGAAGACUGCAGGAUCUUCAGUAAACAGAAUGGGGCCCUCAUCAGUAGCUCUGCUCCUUGCCGUGAUCUCCCUGACUGCAGCGCUGGACAAUGGAAUGCUCAAGACUCCACCUAUGGGAUGGAUGGCAUGGGAGCGCUUUCGCUGUGACAUCGACUGUAAAGAUGACCCGCAGAACUGCAUCGGUGAGAAGCUGUUCAGAGACAUGGCUGACAGGCUGGUGGAGGAUGGCUGGAAAGAACUGGGCUAUGAGUAUGUAAUGAUAGAUGAUUGCUGGACGUCUAUGCAGAGAGAUGAACAAGGGAGGCUCCAGCCUGAUCCCUCCAGGUUCCCAGGGGGCAUUGCAAAACUGGCAAGGUACAUCCAUGACCGAGGACUGAAGCUAGGCAUCUAUGCAGACAUUGGCUCCCACACAUGUAUGAGAUACCCUGGCACCCCAUUGGACAAAAUUGUGAUUGAUGCCCAGACCUUUGCUAGCUGGGGAGUAGACUAUCUGAAGUUUGACGGUUGUUACUCUAAUCCCAUAGAACACAUGCUGGGUUACCCUCUGAUGUCCAAGGCUUUGAACGCGACAGGCAGACCAAUAGGAUACUCAUGCAGUUGGCCUGCCUAUGAAGGGGGACUUCCACCUAAUGUGAACUACUCUCUGCUGGGGGAGAUUUGUCAUCUGUGGAGGAAUUAUGACGACAUCCAGGAUUCAUGGGACAGUGUGCAAGACAUCAUUGGGUGGUUUGCCAACAACCAGGAUGAUCUGCAGCCAGCUGCAGGGCCCGGGCGAUGGAAUGACCCCGACAUGCUCAUCAUUGGUAACUUUGGUCUCAGUGUGCACCAGGCUCGCUCUCAGAUGGCUCUUUGGGCGAUAAUGGCGGCCCCUCUCAUCAUGUCUAAUGACCUGCGAAACUUGGACAACAGCGCAAGGGCAAUCCUUCAAAACAAAAUGGCCAUUACCAUCAACCAGGACCCCCUGGGUAUACAGGGCAGACGCCUGCUGCAGGAGAAGAGUCGCAUCGAGGUGUUCUGGAGGCCUCUGUCUAACUCAGCCAGCUCGCUUGUGUUUCUGAGCCAUCGGACAGACAUGCCCUACCUCUACCACACCUCUCUGGCAAAACUCCAGUAUGAACCUGGCAACUAUGAGGUUUAUGACGUGUUUACGUCCUCAACAGUGAAAGGGUUAAAUGCCACCACCGUCUUUACAGUCUCCAUAAACCCCACCGGUGUGGUCAUGUGGUACAUCUACCCACGAAAACAGUCCCGACAACAGGUUGAAAGACUCCGCCACCAGCAGCGCAAGAAGACAAAUGUAUUCCGCAAAUUUAAAGCUGAGCAUCACAGUGUGUUAUGAAGGACCAAAAAGACGCUGAUUCACGAUACAUGAUAAAAUGCUGACUGACUCAAUUAACUUGAUAAGUGAUGAAUGUUUUUAUUGGAAUCAAAUACAAUGUGUUCAACUGUG